UUCAUUUAGUGUAUCUGAUGCGUUGCACAAAUUUGCAAUAAAUCAGAUGAAUAAGAGAAGUUGAGCUUUAGGAUUAUAACUGAAUUGAACUGAACUGAAGAACCCAACGAUAACACAUGCAUUUACAGGAGACUCACAAAAAUGACGAAAAUGUCGCCCAGCCACACAAAAACCAGAAAGCCCACGCCAAAGACAAUCGGCAGCACCAGCGCCAAGACCAGCACCAAGACCAGCAUCAGCAGAGACCGCACAUUGAUGGUAGCCCCAAAUAUAUAGAGCAGAACCUAGUGCGAUUGCAGCCCCCGCCCCCGCCGUCAAAGCCGCCGCCAACAAUAGAGCCUGGCUCGCCGCAGGCAAACUUUCUGCAAAACAUUCGCACUGGUGCGAAUCAAGGCCUAGUUGCUGUUGCUGAUAACUCCGAAGAUCGAAGAUUUCAUUAUCCAAAUGCAUUGCAGCGAUCUGCAACAUUGCCAGCGAAACAUAAUCGUCUAGGAGUACGCAGUCGUGUGACCUUCAAGGUGCCAUCAACGGCCGCCCAAACCCCGUCGGCCGUAAUAGAAAAGAGCAGCAUUGUCGCAAGUGGUGCUGGUGGUAACCAAGCAGCGCCAAAGGAGACGACCAAAAUGACGUCCGAGGACCUAUUGCAGCCGGGACAUGUCGUCAAGGAGCGCUGGAAGGUUGUGAGAAAAAUUGGCGGUGGCGGUUUUGGUGAAAUUUACGAGGGCCAAGACCUAAUCACACGUGAGCAGGUGGCACUCAAGGUCGAGUCCGCCCGCCAACCGAAACAGGUGCUAAAAAUGGAAGUGGCCGUGCUGAAGAAGCUGCAAGGAAAGGAACACGUUUGCCGCUUCAUUGGAUGCGGCCGCAACGAUCGCUUCAACUACGUGGUCAUGCAACUGCAGGGAAAGAACUUGGCCGAGCUGAGACGAGCCCAGCCACGGGGCGCGUUUUCCCUCAGUACAACACUCAGGCUGGGUUUGCAAAUUCUAAAAGCAAUUGAGUCUAUACAUUCGGUUGGCUUCCUUCACCGCGACAUAAAACCGAGCAACUUUUCUGUGGGACGCUUGCCAUAUAAUUGCCGGCGCGUUUACAUGCUCGACUUUGGCUUGGCGCGCCAAUAUACAACUGGAACAGGAGAGGUGCGGUGUCCCCGAGCAGCGGCUGGAUUUCGAGGCACUGUGCGUUACGCCUCAAUUAAUGCACAUCGCAAUCGUGAAAUGGGGCGACAUGACGAUCUGUGGUCUCUAUUUUAUAUGCUAGUUGAAUUCGUGAAUGGCCAGUUGCCUUGGCGAAAGAUAAAAGACAAGGAACAAGUUGGAUUGACAAAGGAAAAAUAUGACCAUAGAAUAUUAUUAAAACAUCUUCCGUCGGACCUGAAACAAUUCUUAGAGCACAUACAAUCACUCACGUACGCCGACCGGCCAGAUUAUGCGAUGUUAAUUGGCCUAUUCGAGCGCUGUAUGAAACGCCGCGGCGUUAAAGAGGCCGAUCCGUACGACUGGGAGAAGGUGGACACUGCCACAGUUGGAACCAUAAAUGCAUCGACAAACGCAACCCCAACUCCGGCUAAAAACGAAUAUAUGCACGGCAAUGUUACCCAAAUGACGGUGGCGGCUUCCAAUGCCAGCGGCACAGAAUAUGUACGGAAGCGAAACGAUAUUGAUACUGCUCAGAUGGCGUCAACGGAACCUCUUCAUAUAAAGGAAAAGGUUGAUAAGAACUGCAAUGCAACAAUGACACCGCAAGCGACUGCGGACUGUGCCGUGCAAAAUGUGAAUUCAGGCAAUCAAAAUACAACAUUACCAAAACAGCAGCAACAGCAGCAGCAGCAACUUGUGCUGGUGGCGAACACGUCGAUAGCUAUUCCGAAUCUGCCCAGUGCACUUAUCAAAUCGUCGACAGUGGGCAUUGUCAACCAUGAAGUAGUGUCCGGCAGCACGCACAAUGCGCAGUUGAAGACAUCGCACGGCAAGCGCUGUCAGCCUCAGACCGUAUCCGGGUCAUAUACUGCAUCAAAUCAAAACAACUCGGCGCCAGUUUAUUAUCCGGAAAGCAAAAUUGUGCCAACUGCUUUAACAAAAACGGCAACAGUUGACAGUCACAGGGACAAUAAUAUCGAUGUGACAAAAAAUGCCAUCGACAACGAUCUGAAGCAGAAAAAUAACAGACACAUUUGUGUCGAGGGCGCAACCAGCCGAUCUCUGGGCGGGGAACAGCAGCCAACGAGCAAGACCACAAAAAUGAUGGAAUCCCCAGAAGCGUCUGUUGUAAAACACCAUCAAACUGUCGGAGAGAAGAGCUGCGACAGCAAGCGAUCAUCUAUUGCCGAUCAAAAAUCGACAUAUGGUCGACUGCGCGUGCUUGCCGCUCCGGCAAUUGGCAGCCAGAUUGAGAUGGCCAAAUUAAGUGAUCAGGAGCAUCAGGAGAUUAAUGCUAUUUGCAGCAAUGGUAGUCUGACGCCCAAGAACGUUAUCUGUCAGCGCGACCAGAUGCUGAUUGGAAUAACAACGAGCACUACGAUAUCGCCAACCAAUCGCCGCUCGGCAACAUCAACCAAUCUGCGUCUAUCGUCCCUGCUCAGCAGCAGCGGCGGCGGCGCUGGCUCCGGACCCAUUACGACGACCCAUGCCAAGAGCAGCACGGCUGGCGACCAUUCGGUCACCCAGUUCGCAUUAAUCGACGAUGAAAAUGUGUCGGCGCUUCAGCAGGUAACGAAGGGCGGCGGAGCCCUUACGCUGGCUUCCCAAUGGAAGAGUCAGUUUGACGAUUCCGAAGACACAACCGACAACGAAUGGAAGCAGGAGCCACAGUCACAACCAAAUUUGGAUCAAUUUACUAAAGCGGACGUGUCAUUGCCGUUAAUACGCCGAACCUCUAACUUACCCGUAACUCGUAAAGCAAAACCAUCCGAGAAUCAAAAUGUUAAGAGAUACACACUUAACAUAGCUGGAAUUGAGAACUAUGAGACGUUGCAAAUGUCCAUACCGCACUGCUGGUCCGAGCCUGCAAUGGGUAAUGUAUUACGCAAAGAGCUAGAGCCACCUGCUGUCCAGCAAGCAGCCUUUGAUGACACUGUGUAUCGCAUGGAUAUAGCGAGAAACGUUUGUGUUCGUGAAUCUCUAUCGGAAAACGCGCCAUUGUCGAAUCAAAAGGCGUCGACUAAUUUCUCCACAAUUGCAUCGUUCAAGGAUGCUGCUGCUGCUGCUGCUGAUAUCCAUUCAAAUAAAAGUCAAGCCACUUGCGAGCAUCGCAAUAGCCUUCCCAACGUAUGCCUGAUAGAUAUUUUUGAUGAAAAGCCGGACCCAAAUACAAAUCAAACCACAAAUACGCAUAUUGAGCUACAGCAGGAUGCCAUCAACAGGACGAACAGCGCCGUCGUCGCAGUGCCUUGGUGUGUUAAAACAACAUUUUGCCAGAGGAGCAACCUACCGCCUACCACAGAUCCACUGGAUAUGCCGGGUCCUCAUGGAGCCAACCGAGUGGCCGAUGCAGCUAUUCAGAAUAACGACAAUUGUGUUAGCGGGCGACUUGAAAUUCGUGUCAUUCCGAAAGAAAAUUCGCACAUAGACGACUCAGUCUACUACGAUGCCUUAGCAGCCACUACUAAAACACCAAUAAACGCUUACAAAGUUUCUAAACAGGACGUAGUAUCUGGUGAUAUGCAUGCUUUGGACCUAAAUGAUAAGAUGUCAGUAAACUGUGAUGAUAAUGAAAUGGCAGCAACAAUUUCUGCCUUCACAAAUCGAACUGCUAAUUGUCAUGCACUUGUUACUCAAGAGGUGCUUGAAACGGCCAACGAUUUCAAUCCGUGCAGAUAUCAAUUUGGCGAUGAAGCUAUCAAGGGCAAUGGUGAGAGCCAGAUUGCUCCCUCAGACUCGAAUCCACGAAUCGCGGGUGUCAGUAGCCGAAUCGAAUCGAGCGGCGGAGUCUUCGAUAUAGCUGACGGUGGAUGUGAAGUGCCAUCAUCGUGUACACCUAGUAAGAUUCCUGUACUUACUUCCAAUUUGCGUCAAGCGAAAUGUGCCUCUUGGAGUGGUGUUGUUGACACAACAGCAGCAGCAACAUCUGACUCUCACGGACAACAAAUUCUUGAGAUUCCACAAAACGAGAUGCAAACAACCGCUGUGGACCCUUCCCGAACUCACCAUUAUUCUAGUGCAUUACAAAAUUAUCCAAAUAUUAUGGAUUUAACACCAGGUUUGCGUCGCCGUCGUGAAUCUACAGAAGGAAAGUACGUGACAGAUCCCACACAAUUAAAUCUAAGAUUUCAACGACCACAAGCUCGGAUCUCUAGUAGAACUCGUGCGGUUCCUACAACAAUGUUGGGCAAUUUCGAUGAUCUAUCAACGGAUAUCAGCAAUGAUCAUGCUGGCAGGGAAAUCUGUGAAGACAAUACUAGCUUUGGAACCUUAUCGUGUAAGGCAGCAGCAGCAGCAGUCUCACACAAUGAAGCACGAAAUCAAAAUACAGUCGAGCCUCCAAUACGGAAUGAUAUUUCGCCUCCACCGGGCGAUCCCAAAAUAGAAAAUAGUGCACGCCUUCGUCGCUACCGGCAUAACAUAGAAUAAUUCAAAAGCUUUUUAAAAACAACAACAACAGCAACAAAAAGAAGCAAUAGUAUCGAUGCAUGGUAAUGGACCGAAAUAUAUAUAUAUAUAUAUAAUUUAACUUACUCGCUUACACAUAUGUAUGAUUGGGAGAUUCAGAUAUUGUACUUUGAACGAUUCAUUGCCAUAAAAUUGGGUAUAUUGGGUAUUGCCCAAAUAUGUAUGUAAUAGACAGCAAGAUGCACGGACACGGGCCUCUUCAAUUAUUGUAUAUAUUCUUAAUCAAGAUGACGAACUGAGAAGAUCUAACUAUGUUCGUCUGUCUAUUUGUCGGUCCGUUGGAUCUCAGAAAGCAGAUGGGCUAGAGACAAAUACAUUUAUUCUCCUCUUCUGAAAGUUUAAGGUUUAAUUCUUAAAAUUUUGUUACGCAUGAAAUAAUAAAUUGUAUCAUCAUUUGCAUAUUAUUGAUCACAAGCUAAAGAUACAACAAUCAAAUAGAGGUUAUAUUUAUUCGGAGAUCGUAUUUCUUGGAAAAGAAAUGAAGUGUAUUUCAAAUAA